UUGAGGCUCCAGGUGGGUUUGGGUUCAUCCUGGUGGUCUGGAUCAUUUCAGCAGCUGAGGAGUCUGGAGUCACACACAGACACACCACAUGGCUGGAACUGGACUCUGGAAAACACACACUCACCUCUCGCCCCGCCUCCCUCACGGAGGCGUGUUCCUCUGUCACAGUGUGUUUCAGGAUCAGAAGGAGCUGAGCUUCACCUGAGGAGAUUCACCUGCAAACAUGGACGACACACGUCUGCGGACCAGAGGAGAGCUGCUCACAGGAAGUGCUGCUGGAGUGUGUGCAGGGCGACUGAAGAGGAGCCUGCAGAAGAAGUUCCACAGUGUGUCUGAGGGGGUCGCUAGAGCAGGAAACUCUGCCCCUCUGAAUCAGAUCUACACAGAGCUCUACAUCACUGAGGGGGGCACAGAGCAGGUCAACCAGGAGCACGAGGUCCGACAGAUCGAAGCAGCAACCAGGCAGCAGACCAGACCAGGAACUACCAUCAGAGCAGAAGACCUCUUUAAAGCCUCACCUGACACAGACCCACCAAUCAGGAGCCUGCUGACGAAGGGCGUGGCUGGCAUUGGGAAGACCCUCCUGACACAGAAGCUGACUCUGGACUGGGCUGAAGACAAAGCCCACCACAACUUCCAGCUGGUGUUUCCUUUCACCUUCAGAGAGCUGAACCUGCUGAAAGAGAAGCAGUUGAGUUUGGUGGAACUUGUUCAUCGCUUCUUUCCUGAAGCCAAAGACUCAGGACUCAGCAGCUUUGAAGGAGUCCAGGUUCUGUUCAUCUUGGACGGUCUGGACGAGUGUCGACUCCCUCUGGACUUCAACAGUCGGGUCCUGACAGCAGCUACAGAGUCCACCUCAGUAGACGUCCUGCUGACCAGCCUCAUCAGGGGGAAGCUGCUUCCCUCAGCUCAGCUCUGGAUCACCACACGACCUGCAGCAGCCAAUCAGAUCCCUCCUGAGUGUGUGGACAUGGUGACCGAGGUCAGAGGGUUCACUGACCUCCAGAAGGAGGAGUACUUCAGGAAGAGGUUCAGAGAUGAGGAGCAGACCACCGUCAUGUCUCACAUCCGGAGCUCACGAAGCCUCUACAUCAUGUGUCACAUCCCCAUCUUCUGCUGGAUCACUGCCACAGUUCUGGAGGACAUGUUGAAGAGCAGAGAGACCGGAGAGCUGCCCAAGACCCUGACUGAGAUGUACAUCCACUUCCUGGUGGUUCAGGCCAAAGUCAAGAAGCUCAAGUACCAUGGAGGAGCUGGGACCGACCCAGUUUGGGAUCCUGAGAGCAGGAAGAUGAUGGAGUCUCUGGGAAAACUGGCUUUUGAGCAGCUGCAGAGAGGAAACUUGAUCUUCUAUGAGUCAGACCUCACAGACCCACAUCCAGAACAGGAAAGUGAAGCUCUGACUCCUGGUAACGGUGGGAACUGGUGCCGCCAUGGUGCCAGUGAUGAGUUUGCGCGUGUGGACUAG